GCGUUUGCAGCUAGUAUUAUAUUAAAUAGUAAAACUAAAUGUUGACAGGUUGGACCAGAAAAUCCAUGGAAACGCACUCCAAGGAUUUUAAAUAAUGAUGAUUGGGAAACAGGUACCAUUAAUUUUCUUUCACGAAGAAAACGCUCAUCGAUAAAUGACGACAUCAACUUACAACUGAACGCUUUCGGUAAAAAUAUUUAUUUGAAUCUUCAAGAAAGAGAAAAUACUCUUUAUGGUCCAGCUACACCUGUUUACAAACUCUAUUCAAAUUCCCUCAUGUCACAAACGGUUGAACUUAAAGGGCCAAACAUCCAAAGGAAAAUAUAUGAGGAUUCCCAAAAUCGUGCAUCGAUUGUCCUUGAUACUCUUCCAAAUGGAAGGAGAAUCAUCCAAAAUGGGUACAUUGGUUCCGAAAACUUGACAAUCGCAGCAGAUUAUUCCUUAUUGCAGGAACAGUCAUUAAUCCUAUCGAACCCAUUGAAUACUCCUUCAACUAAUAAAUAUAUAUUUCGGCGUGUUCAACACAAUAACUACCCUUUUGCUAACCCUAUUGAAUUGAACUACUACAACUAUCGAGUACCAUCAGGAUACUAUAACAAUAUACAGAUACCAAAUACGAUUUAUCUAGAAAUUUUAGUUAUAAUUGAUUAUGAACUAUAUACUCGUGUUGGACCAAAUCAAAUCAUCACAUAUGUUUUAACAUUUUGGAAUCAAGUUGAUACAUUGUAUCGAAGCUUAGAUCAACCUAAGUACAAACUAAAUAUCGCUGGAAUUGUUAUACCAAUGGAUCCUGUAGUUCUGAAAUAUUUUCCUCAAGAUUCAUAUAGCAGACGGUACUCCGAAAACAUCAGAUAUCAUACGCUUGUGAUUGAAAAUGGCAAAUGGUUAUACAAAUCCCAAGAACUUCUGCCCCUAGACAGCUACGAUAUUGCAGUGACUAUGACUCCACGACAAGAACAACCUGUUGCAAUUUCUCCGGAUGAGUAUAGAGCUACUGUUGGAAUUUCGGCAUUGAAUGGAGCAUGCUCAAUCGAUCAUCGUUAUGGUCAAACAAAUAGUGUUGCUAUUAUCUUGGAUGAUGGAAAUUUCAGUGGUGUCCAAACAGCUGCCCAUGAAAUUGGCCAUUUACUCGGAUCGAGACAUGACAGAUAUCCUUGUCCCGAGAGUGAUGGUUACAUAAUGGCACCGGCCUAUAGUUCGACCGAAAAUCGUUACAAGUGGUCAAGAUGUACUUUAAGAGAUUUUGCAAAAUUUUUAAGAACCAGUCCACAAUGUCUUUACAAUAGGCCACGGACUCUACAGUGAAGAAUCGAAAUUGAAUAAAUGUCAAUAAGUAUUAAUAAAAUUUUGUAUAUUAAGAUUCAUUAU